AUGUUUGAUUAUGACAAGUGGUCUAUCCUCUAUAUUCUCACUCCUUCAAGAACCAUCCUGAUCCUCGUCCCCUCGCAUAAACCCGCUCCCCAUCACGUGCGAUCUGCAAAAAGGCAAGAAACAUGGCCUCUUCCAUCUCCGCCCCCUCGGCCCUCUCCUUCCGCCGCUCCGCGGUCGAGCUCCGCCCCGGAGCUCCGCCCCGCCGCCCUCCUCUCACACCCCUCGCACGUGCCACUCCGCCGCACCCUCGCCCCUCCCACGUGCGCCCUCAAGCGCAGCCCUAAGCGCUUGAAGUACGCCUCCCAGCGCAAGUUUCGCAAGGAUGUAGAUAGGAUGCUCUACGUGGAGAUGGAUCCUUUGGGAGAAGACGCUUGGAAGCUGGAGCCAGUGAUCGAGCUCAUCAGAGCGGGCGGUGGAGUCGGCGUUAUCCCCACCGACACUGUGUACGCUAUUGUGUGUGAUCUGAGAAACAAUUCAUCCAUUGAACGGCUACGCAUAAUCAAGGAUAUUGAACAUUCGAAGCCUCUCAGCAUUUUAUGUCGCUCUUUGCACGAUAUAGAUACCUAUACAACAGGAUUUCCACGAGGGAAUGCCCAAGGUCAAACAGAUAUCUUUAGAGCUGUUAAGCAUUGCUUGCCUGGGCCUUAUACUUUUAUUCUUCCGGCAAGUAAAGAACUUCCCAAGCAGUGUAGACGAUAUGGGGCAACAGCUAGUGCUUCUAGAAAGCAUGUUGGUGUUAGAAUGCCAGAUGAUCCUGUCUGUCAAGCCAUUCUAAGAAACUUGGAUGCACCUUUGAUAUCCACAAGUGUAAAGUGGCCUGCAGAAGAUCAGUGGAUUCUAGACCCUGUGAUCAUUGCAGAUAUUUAUGAGCCAGAGGGUCUAGAUUUUCUUGUUGAUGCUGGUACUAGAAUAGCUGAUCCAUCCACUGUAGUUGAUAUGACAGGAAGUGUGCCAACAAUCAUUCGUCAGGGGAAGGGGCCUAAGCUGGACUGGAUGGCAUUAAAAGACGAAGAAUCUGUUUCGCAAGAGGAAUUACCUCUCGCGUAGGCGGUAUGAAGAUAACCCCCGUGAAAAGUUUGACAUAACAGAUGCAUGUAAAUAUGGCCAUCGACAAAGGAAAUUUCCGGUAGCAGUUUCUUAAGUUGAACUCCUGUAAGAGGUCUCUUCUUCACCCACAAGUCCUUUAGGUCCUGAUCUGAAAAUACACGGUAGUAUACAUAUCUUGAUCUUUUGUCAAAGAUUCCUGUGAAUAUUCUGUACAUGUACCGGUAUAGUGGCAAAGGGAUGUUAUUUCAAUUUCCUAUCUUGUUUCUGUGAAUGUUAAUUGCCAUUUCUGAGAUUUGAUUGUUGAUUGAGUUAAGCAUGUUCCAAACUCAUUCAUACGAGGCCCAGGAUGAUGAUGAAUUAAAUGUCUCAGUAAAGAUGCUCUGUUGAAUCUCUA